GGGUAGAAAGGAGGUGAUUUUUUUUUUUUUUUAAGGAGAGGAGAUUCAGAUAAAUAAAUAGGAGGAGCAGGCAAGUGGACGGCAGAAUAGCGGUGAGAAGCUUCCUAAAGAGUUCAUCAGUGUGCAAACAUCUGCAUUACAAGCACCGGGCCGUGUGAUGGCUGCAAACAGAACCUUCCCCUUGACGAUCAUCUGUCUGGUUCUCGUUAGAAGUUCCAUUACCCAGCCAGGGUCCAAUCCCACAGGACCCCUCACACCCCAUAUGCCUACCUCCAAGGACCUGGACCUCCCCCCAGAUGAAUAUUAUGACACAGAGGCUGAACCAAGCACCGUUUCACCAAAGAGUGCAUCUCCAAACGGAAGUGGAGCCAUGCGGAGAUGUGACUACAACCCCUGCAAAGAGAAUCAGCCCUCCUGUUCCGAGCUAUCCGCCGCCAAUCACUGCUUAUGUCCGGGAUCUACCUCUUACCUGGUGAAACCGGAGGCUCCUUACCUGAAAACGGUUGCUUGGAACGGGUCCGAUGUGGUCAUCCACUGGUGUGCUCCUUUCUCCUAUGUGACAGCCUAUAGUGUGACGGUUGGCGGGAAAGAGAAGCAGAGAUUCGGGAGGGAGCGGCGCAGCGGUGGAGUGGGCCCCAUCGAAAAUGUCUCUGAGGUGUGCGUGGUGGCGCUGAAUGACGUCGGAGACAGCAAAGCCUCGUGUAUGAUGUAUCAGCCCAAGGACCACAGUCUGCCUCUCAAAGCAGGACUCAUAGGGGGCGCCCUGGGCCUCCUGCUGCUUCUCCUGCUGGCCGUCCUGCUUUGGAGGCGUCGACGGCAAAGGAAGCUGCAGGCCAACAUCGUCAUGAGAGACACAGCAGAGACAUAAACGACAAAACAAACCUAAUCAGGACAUUUUUGUUAAAAACUACAAUUGUAGUUUUCCUGCAAUAAUGAUAUCAAUGGGGACAGAAAAUAGGACAGCAAACACUAAUGGAAUCAAUCAUUAUGUUUAUAUUAGACAUUAUUAUAUGACAGGAUAAGCAGCAAAACAAUAUUUUUAUGACUCUACUGUAUAAAAAUGCUCCAAAAAGGCCUUAUGACAUUACUUCUCAAAUAGUGGGGCGGGUCCCCAUAGGGAGGGCGUGGUAUUGAUAUACCAAUAGUGCAUUAUAGCAGUUUAUUGUGUUGUAGAACUGGUCUACAUCAUACUGAAAGUUUUUAAUAUUUUGACCCUUUGUCUCACUUCUUGUAUUGGAUCUCAUCAAGGAGAUAUGAGAGACCAUUGAAAAACAUGCGUAGGAGUCAGUUAGAAAGUACUCGGUUUCAUUCUGCAGGCAAUUUUUUCAGAAAUAAAAAAACCUCCUUGAUGAUGACAAAAUUCAUAGAUAAUGAACACACAGGAGAGUUCUUUCACUUUUUUUUAUAUUUCAGAAGUAAAGUAAAUAACCAGCCUGGACUCCAUCCAUCCAUUUUUCAUGCUUCUUAUUCUCACGAGGGUCGCAGAGGUAUGCUGGAGCCCAGCUGUCUUCAGGCGAGAGACGGGGUACACCCUGGACUGGUCGCCAGCCAAUCACAGGGCACAUAUAGACAAACAACCAUUCACACUCACAUUCAUACCUAUGGACAAUUUGGAGUCACCAAUUAACCUAGCAUGUUUUUGGAAUGUGGGAGGAAACGGAAGUACCCAGAGAAAACCUGAGGAGGGGAAUCGAACUUGGGUCUCCUAUGUGUGUGGCCAAUGCGCUUACCAGUUGUACACCGUGCUGCACCAUUCCAAAAAAUAACAAGGUAGUUUUUUUCAGAAUAAAACCAAAUCUUUAGAUGAUGUCUUGCCUGCCUUAUAGGGAACUGAAGACAUAUUUUACAUGACAAUGUGUGUUUUAUGAUUUCUCUCUCUGUGAGAGGUUACAUGGUUGGAAGCACACAGAGUGAAUUUGAUGUGAAUGUUACCUUAUAUAUUUUUGUCAACUUAUUUCUACUAGAAAUUGACAAUAAUGAAAACAAGGCUUAAAUCAAACUACUGUGUAUUUCCUAAAGUUGUGAUGAUUAAACUAGGUUAAACUCUU